AUGGGAACACCUUGUGACGACCUCGAAAUGCCGAUGAGUCGGUGGCAUAUGCUCAUUUUGCUGAUUGUGUUGAGCUGCAACCUCAGGUUGAAAGUGAGGAAAAACAAUUGGGACACGGAGACUUACCAGUUUGAUGAAGUGCUUACCGAAGUUGCUUCCGAGAAGCGAGUCUACCAAGUGGUUGUCAAGCCUAUUGUAGAGUGUUCUUGA